CGAAACCUCUUGUGUCCCCGUACACGCGUUUCCCGGCCAAUACUUAUCCUAUCACCGGCGACCGCCGGUUCACUCCCCGUGCUCGCAUCGCCUCCGCCACCGUCUCCCACCUCACCUCCCCAUGGCGGAGGCCAAAGCCCGCGCCCAAACCCGGCCCACCGCUCCCACACCCACAUGGGCGCAGCGGGCCGAGGCGCUAACCCACAUCCUGACCCACCCGUCCCACUCGCCGUCGCUCCAUUCGCAGCUCUUCCUCGCCUCCCGCGUACCGUGCCCGCCGCAGGGUCCGGGCUACACCACCACCUACCCGCCCUUCCUCUGCCCCGGCGCCUCGCUCCUCCGCUGGGCGCUCGCGUCCGUUUUCCUCCCGCGCGCGGCGCGCCUCUGCCUCCCGCCCUCGUCCUGGCGCUCGCGGUGCCCCUUCCAGCUCCCGCCGCCUCUCGUCCCAUCGUCCGGCAUCGAACCGGCGCCCGAGCGGUGGGCCGAGGACGAGCUUAGCGGGUACGCGCGCCGGCGGCGCGCGCGGAGGGGACCCGUGAGGGCGCGGCCUCCGCUCUCCGUGGCCGGUGUGGUGUUCACCACCGUGCCCAACAUCGUGAUCAUCGCGGUCAUCAUCCGCGAGCUCUUCUGGGUCCGGCCCAACCGCAUCUGAGGUGCCAUUGGCUGAGGAUGCUGGAUCAGGAAGCACAGGGAUCUCGACAUCUCCAUCAAGCACUUGGGCCACCUUCUGCGUGCUCGGGGGCACCUGCACCUGAGCGCCACUGCCACAGACCACUCUGCCCCCUUCAUGUCAAAGGAAGCCUCCUCGUCGCCCACCACCAGCAAAUCAAUAUGUCCAGUCAGUAUUGUUCUGCUGUCAUCGGGUGUAUCUCCUGAACAUUCUGCCUGCGAGACACAAGCUCCAGCAGGAUCAUCCCCAAGUCACAGGUGUGGCAGAUCAUUGGUUUCCAUGGACUCCGGCGUUUGUUUGUGCUUGGUCCAUCCGGGUCAGAUAUGUUGGGAUGCGCUUAUCAUCAAGAAGAAUGUUUUCUGGCAUUGGAUACAUGUUAUCCAAUUAAACCAUCCCUAAAUAUAUUCCUUUUAUUUCGUUUCCUUCCUGAUUUUUCUCUCUAUUUUUAUUCUUUUUAUUUUCUCUCAUAUUCCAUAGUUUUUUUCGUUGGGAUUUGUAAAGGAAAAGAAGAGAGAUUUCUGUUCUGAAAAGAAUGAUUUUAAUAAUUUUUCCUAA